GGGAACCUUGCUUGACUCCAUUCACGAGUUUUUGUGUGAGCAGAGCAUUUUGCCUUCAGGAAAAGGUGGUGACGCUCAUGUGAAGGGUAUGUCAGAGCCUAUGCAGUCAGAGAGGGUAGGCAUACUGACUUUUGAGCAACAAAGAGAGAUGAAGGCACUUGAAUUUGAGUGGGCGCAACAGGCUAAGGAGAAAGAACGUCUUUUUGAACUGGAAAAAAUCAAAUUAGAACGAGAAUUGCAACAGAAAGCAGAUAUGGAGAGACUCAAAUUUGAAAAAGAAAUGGAUUUGAAAAAAGGUGAAAUGGACCUUACAGUACAGCUUGAGAAAAUUAAAAUUGAACAGGAUCGUUUGAAACUAAUGUCAGAAGGUAAGAUUAGUGGAAAUCUGUCCGGGUCAAGUAUGGAUAGCAUGGUAAGGUAUGUUCCAAAGUUUGACGAACGUGACCCAGACGUGUUUUUCUCACUGUUUGAACAGAUGGCCUCUGACAAAAAGUGGAGUGAAGAGGAUAGAACGGUGCUUUUGCAAACUGUACUAGUAGGACGCGCACGGGAGGCAUACUUGGCAUUAACACCUGUUGAUAGGCACAAGUAUGCUGAGGUGAAAAAAGCGGUCUUGAAAUGUUAUGAACUGAAUCCAGAAGCUUACAGACAACGUUUCAGAAACUGGCGUAAACGUGCUAAUCAGACCCAUGCUGAAGUGGCAAGAGAGUUGAGUACUUAUUUUAACCGGUGGCUCACUUCAGAGUCUGUCUCAACUUACGAAAGUUUGCGUGAUUUGUUGAUUUUGGAGCAGUUUAAGAACAUUGUACCAGAUCGAAUUGCAACCUACAUUAAUGAGCAAAAGGCAAAGUCAGUGGAGGAGGCAGCCUCGCUUGCUGAUACCUUUGUGUUGACUCAUAAACGUAAGCCUUACAGCAGUCCUCCACGGUAUAAUAGCCACCAACGUUAUGAUCCUGCUCAUUCUCCUCCACAACGUUCUCCUCGUUAUGGUCGUAGUUCAAAUCGAUCCAAUUAUGGCAAUUCCAGUAAUGUUCCUAAAUUUGAUAAUGGAAGUAGCAAAUCUCGCCCAAGCCCGACGAAUAAAUGUCAUUACUGUUUGCAGGAGGGACAUUGGAAAAAGGACUGCCCGCUGUUGAAAGGCCGUAAAUCUAAUGCCAAGGUAGCUGGGUGUGUUUCUGUUGUGCAUCCAGUUGAUUUUGGCGUCUCUGAUCUAACACCGUUACCUCGUUUGGAAGUUCAUUGUGAGCAAGUGAUUGAAGAUGGUGCAUCUGUGUCAGACGAGCAGACGAAAUCAGUAGAGUCAGCUGCGUCUGAUUUCGCUCCAUUCAUUAGUGAUGGCUGGGUGUCAUUGGUUGGAGAGACACAAAAAGUUCCAGUUAAAAUCUUAAGAGACACUGGGGCAUCUGAGAGUUUCAUUUCUGGAGCAGUUUUGCCAUUUUCCACAGCAUCUGACACUGGGAAAUGUGUUUUGAUUAGAGGAAUAGGCAUGCAGUCAUUUUCUGUACCGUUGCACAAAAUUCACUUGUGUUCAGGAUUUGUGAAUGGGGAGGUGACUAUUGCUGUGAGACCGUCUCUGCCUAUGCAGGAUAUCCAUGUAAUUCUGGGGAACAAUUUGGGUGGGUGUUUAGUUUCUUCACCUCCAGUUGUUACACCUGUACCGCUAUCUGUAGAGGAGCCAGACGCGUGUUGUCAAGAAUUCCCAGAAGUGUUUACUGCUUGUGCUGUGACUAGGGCAAUGUCUCGCACGCAGGCGCAAUCGUCGGAUGUGUCCAAAUCUGUGCCUUUUUUUGUUCCUGAGCUGCCCGAACCUCUGUCAUGUCAAGAUUUAAUUGAGGCACAAAAGAAUGAUCAGAGCUUUGAGAAAUAUUUUGCCUUAGCUUCUACUGAUCCAACGAUGGGUUACUUCAUUCAGAAUGGCGUUUUGCUGCAUACGUGGUUGCCAGGUGUUGAUCCUGAAGUGGCAGGUCAGGUGAUUCAAGUGAUGGUACCUGACAAAUACCGUGAUUUGAUUUUGAGAACAUCCCAUGGAGCAGAGUCUGGGCAUUUUGGAGUUAAGAAAACCUACCGACGUCUUUUGGAACAUUUUUACUGGCCACGGAUGAAACGCCAUGUAUCUAGAUUUGUCAAAGCAUGUCAUGUUUGCCAGGUUGCGAAACAGAGUACUCCCAUUAAACCUGCACCACUUCAACCUAUUCCGUCUGUUGGCACACCAUUUGAGCAUCUCAUUAUUGAUUGUGUAGGUCCACUACCCCCUUCGAAAUCUGGUUGUGUGUACCUCUUUACCAUCAUGUGCCAGGCCACUCGGUAUCCAGCAGCGUAUGCCUUGAGAACAAUUACCACAAGGUCAAUAUUGAAAUGUUUGUCUAAAUUCAUUUCUGUCUUUGGCAUUCCGAAGGUAAUUCAGAGCGACAGAGGGUCUAACUUUACCUCCAGAACAUUUGCUGCAGCGUUGAAGUCGAUGCAGGUGAAGCACAAUUUGAGCAGCGCGUAUCACGCACAGAGUCAGGGGGCAUUGGAGCGCUGGCAUGCCACGUUGAAGUCUCUCUUGCGCGCUUACUGUGUUGAGAUGCGGAGAGAUUGGGAGGAGGCGUUGCCAUGGCUCUUGUUGUCUGCGCGUGGUGUAGUUCAAGAAAGCACUGGUUUUAGUCCAAAUGACCUAGUCUUUGGCCACAAAGUCCGGACCUCACUGUCUGUUUUAAAUGCCAAUCUGGAUCUGCAGAACACUCCCGUCAGUUUCACUGAGUAUGUAGAUGGUUUUCGUCGUAGGCUGUUGCUUGCAUGGAAAGAAGCAACCGAGCAUUUGACUAAAGCUCAGGUGAAAAUGAAGCUGCGUUAUGACCGUAAAGCGAAGAUCAGAGUUUUCAAUCCAGGUGAUCAAGUUUUAGCUUUGCUGCCCAUUCCGGGGUCACCAUUUACAGCAAAAUACUCUGGUCCAUUUACGGUUAUGAGCCAAGUGUCAGAUCUCAAUUAUUUACUGUCAACUCCUGAUCGUAAACGAUCACAGCAACUGUGUCAUGUGAAUUUACUCAAGCCUUACCACUCUGCAGGUUCCGACAAGGCGGGUGGGAUUGCUGCGAGUCCAGUGGGUCUAGCCGUUGGGGUUGGGGAACCGCUCAACUGGCCGGAGGUGGCAGCUUGGGAUGAAGUGCGCGCACCUGAUGAUUCAGUGUUACACGGGCGCUUAGAUAAUACUCAGCAGUUAAAGGAGCUAGAUAGUCUCCUCGGUCAUUUAAGUGAGGUACAGCGUAAACAGUUGUCGGAUUUGAUUUUUGAGUUUUUGCCUUUGUUUUCCGACACUCCAACCUGUACCACACUAAUUGAACAUGACAUUGACACACAGGGGGCCCGCCCAAUACGACAAAGAUUUUAUCGAGUGGCUCCCGAUAAACAGAAGAGUAUGGAGGACAGUGUGCAGUAUCUGCUUGAUCAUGGUCUCGCCAAGCCAUCUUACUCCAGUUGGGCAUCGCCAUGUCUACUGGUGAAAAAGUCAGAUAACACCUAUAGAUUCUGUACGGAUUAUAGGAAAGUAAAUGCUGUGACUAGACCAGAUUCUUUUCCAUUGCCACGUAUCGAGGACUGUGUGGAUCAGGUUGGGAGUGCUCGUUAUGUCAGCAAAUUUGAUUUAUUGAAAGGUUACUAUCAAGUGCCUUUGACGCAGAGAGCGCAGGAGAUAUCUGCAUUCAUUACCUCUUCCGGUUUGUACUCGUAUACUCGAAUGAGCUUCGGUUUGCGGAAUGCUCCUGCAACCUUCCAACGGCUCAUGAAUAGGGUCGUUGGGGGGCUGCAGGGGUGCUCGGUUUAUUUGGACGACGCCGUUUGUCAUUCAGACAGUUGGGACGAACAUUUGGCUCGCAUUCGAGCGCUUUUCCAGAGGUUGGUGGCAGCAAACCUCACAGUAAAUUUAGCGAAAUGCGAGUUUGCGCGUGCCACAGUCGUCUAUUUGGGUAAAGUAGUCGGCCAGGGGAUGGUGCGGCCCGUUAACGCAAAGGUGGCAGCUAUUGAUAAUUUCCCUGUGCCGGCGACGAAGAAAGAACUUAUGCGCUUUUUGGGUAUGAUCGGGUACUACCGCAAUUUUUGCUGCAAUUUUUCAACUGUUGUAUCUCCUCUGACCAAUUUGUUGAAGGGUGGCGCCAAAUUCAUUUGGUCGGAGGAGUGUCAGCAGGCUUUCCAGAAUGCAAAGCUUUUGUUAACAUCAGCUCCGGUCCUGGCUGCACCCAAACUGGAUCUGCCAUUCCAGCUGCAGGUGGAUGCAAGCCAGGUGGGAGCAGGUGCGGUCCUCCUGCAGGCUGAUGAUGAUGGAGUAGCCAGACCGGUUUGCUAUUUUUCAAAAAAAUUCAACAAAUACCAAUUUAAUUAUUCAGUGAUUGAAAAGGAAGCAUUAGCAUUGAUUUGGGCAUUGCAACACUUUGAAGUCUAUGUGGGAGGGGGUCUCCAUCCAAUUGUGGUCUACUCAGAUCACAACCCUCUCACUUUUCUACAGUCUUUCAAAGGGUCCACCAACCAGCGCCUGUUGCGCUGGGCACUGUUUCUGCAGCCAUUCCACCUGUUGAUCCGCCAUAUUCGCGGGGUGGAAAAUGUAAUGGCUGAUGCGCUCUCUCGGGCUCUGGACCAGGAGGUCUAAUCAUCUCCACUCACUCCUAACCUGCGGUUUUUCUCUGUUUCCCUUAAAGGUCGCUGUCCGGGUACCAGGAUUUGCUGGGUGCAGGGAAGGUCGGAGGGCACAUUCGUUUGGUGACCGUAUGGUCACGGCAACGACGGCCGGGAUUAGCACCACACUAACACCCUUUUGGACAACACUCAUUUACUGAUACAUUCCUUGGUUAAUUCACAUUACUGAUCACUGAUACAUGUUGUAAAAUAAAAGAUCUGUUGGCUAAAAUGUACAAAUCGGUGUGGUCUCCCUUAAUGUUA